GUCGCUCACUUGACGCUCAGUUCAGGCACAAACAUACUCGAACACGGUCAACAGUAACAAUCAGUCCGUGAUUACAGAAUGUUUAAGGCAAGCGCCACCAAUUUGCUGGAUCUUCAGCCCGAGCAGGUGAACAGCUGGUUGCAAAGCUUCGACACAAUUAUCAGCGACUGCGACGCUACAUUGUGGCACGAUGACAAGGCUAUUGAAGGUGCCGCUGAUGUGCUGAAUGCAUUGCAGACUCGUGCCGGCAAACGCGUUUAUUUAAUUACAAAUAAUGGCCUAAAGACGCGCCACGAAAUUUGGCAGCGCGCCCAACGUCUAGGCUUUCAGCUGCCCAAUGAGACGCACAUCAUCUCGCCCACGCAAACCAUUGUCGACUAUCUGAAGCAGACAACCGACAUUACAAAGCGGGCUUAUGUGGUUGGAAAUGCGGCGAUUGCCCGGGAACUAAAUGACGCGGGCAUUGAAAGUUUUGGCGCAGGCGAACCAGAGCAGCUGCAGCAAGACGUCAAGUGGCAGGAGUUUGUGCAGCGCGAAUUUAGCCAGCCCGCAGCUGUUGCCAAUGUGGGCGCCGUAAUUGUUGGCUGGGACGAGCAUUUCAGCUAUUGUAAAAUUGCGCGCGCCUGUCACAUACUGUGCAGCAACAAGGACUGCGCCUUUCUCGUGACCAACAAGGAUGCGGUGCACAAGUAUCCGUCAUAUCACAUACCCGGCACUGGCGCCUUUGUUGCCGCCAUUGAGGCUUGUGCGGAACGCGAGGCGUUGGAAAUGGGCAAACCCAAUCCCUUGGUGCUACAGCCGCUGCUCAAUUCGGGUGCCUUGCAGCCCGAACGCACGCUCAUGAUUGGCGAUUGCUGCAAAAUCGAUGUCACCUUUGCCAGAAACUGCAAUCUGCAAUCGCUCUUGGUGGGCACAGGCAGCUAUCAACUGGAAACACUGCAUGCGAAUCCCCAGCUGCCCAGGCCAGAUGUUUUCCUACCCAAACUGGCCAAUCUAUUGCCAUAUAUUUAAGCAUUUUGCAUGAUCAAUAAAGUGAGCCAAUAAUAUGAACAAUGCA